GCGGAACUCCACUUCCUUCGCUUCCAAACACAAUAAACGUUACUUGCCACCACUUCCCGUUUUCCUUGUUCUUUCUUGCAAGUCAUCCACUUCCAAUUCACAAUCCACAACUCCUUUAUAAACAAGAGCACACAACAGAAAGCAAUCCUCAAGAAUUAAUCCAGCAGCAGCAUCAACAAUGGCGAUGAACAAUCAGAAGAACAUCACUACUGAUGCAGAAUCCCAAGCAAAACAGCCUCUCUUACCUUCUUCAAAUCCUCCAGAAGAUGAAUUAACUCUAAUGGAGAAAGCCAUCAGACAAACAUUCAAGAGCACAUCACAUCUAGCAAACCUUUUGCCAACCGGAACCGUACUCGCUUUCCAACUUCUAGCUCCCAUCUUCACAAACCAAGGUCAUUGUGACUAUGCAAACCGGUGGAUGACGGCGUUACUCGUGAUUCUAUGCAGCUUCACUUGCUUCAUCCUUAGUUUCUCAGAUAGUUUUCAAGAUGAUGGUGGGAAAGUUCGGUAUGGGUUCGCGACGUUUAGUGGUUUUUAUGUUGUUGAUGGUGCUGCAGUGUUGCCGCAAACUAAGCGAUUGGAAUACAAGAUUAAGUUGAUGGAUUUUGUUCAUGCGUUUUUGUCGGUGUUGGUGUUUGUUGCUGUGGCUUUGUUUGAUAAGAAUGUUGUGUCUUGCUUUUUCCCGGAGCCGUCGGAGGAGAUGAACCAGUUGUUGACAAUGUUGCCUGUUGGGAUUGGGGUUGUUACUAGUGGUCUCUUUGUUACUUUCCCUCCUACCAGGCAUGGCAUUGGCUUCCCUCUUUCUCCAAACUGAAACCGUCUUCCUGUUUUAUAGAAAGGUGCUUGUUAUGUUUAUGAUUUAUUUGUUUUUCACUUUUUUUUAGAUGAUUGAACUUACAUCGUCCUUAGUAUGUUGAUUGGGAAAAAAAUAUUCUAGCUUAUCAGAAUAAUAUUUACUUGUAAAUAUAAACUAUGAUGUAAGAAAUAACGUGUUUGUUAAUGUCAAU